CAUACAUGAGUAUCAUCAUUUGUACUGUACCCAGUAUCUCCAAGCUCUCAAACACGCAUUCAGAAAUAUAUUAUUUUCGUGCAUAAACAGUAAAACUAGAGGUGCACAUUUAGUAUAUAUGUACGUGUAAUUUACUCAAAAAUGUGUUUCAAAGGUUUGUCUUCUAUCUUCUGCGCUCUGACGUUUCUUACAAUAUGUCAUAGUUUUAAGGUCCAUCGAGCAGCAGGACCUGGCAUACUUAUCAUUGGGGGAAGUCCUGCCGCACGAGGCGAAUUCCCAUGGCUCGUUUCCAUCCAAUUGAAGAGUCGUGGACAUAUUUGUGGAGGAACGAUUUUCAAUAGUGAAUGGAUUCUAACAGCGGCGCACUGCAUGUUUGAAGACCUACCACGUGGAUAUCAAAUCGUAGCAGGGGAACAUUUACGAAAUGAAACUGACCCUUCGGAACAGAUCGUGGAUGUCGAGGGCUUCUUUGUGCAUGAAAGUUAUGAUGAAGACAGCGCUCAAAAUGACAUUGGUCUAAUUCGCCUAAAAUCCCCCAUUAAUUUUCACGAUUUUGUCAAACCUGGAGUGAUUGGGGAUAAUACGACCACCGAAGAAAACCAGCUGAUCGCAGCUGGUUGGGGUUACACACAGUCCGGGACUCCCUCCAGCAGUAUCGAACUGCUCAAGGUGACCGUUCCACUCCGACCGAAUGCUGACUGUGACCUAGCCUAUGGCGAAUUUGGAUAUACCGGCGUUAAGCAAAUUUGUGCAGGGAUUGGCGGGAAAGACAGCUGUUCCGGUGACUCUGGGGGCGGUUUGAUUAACGCGGGAGACAAGACGGUUGUGGGCAUAGUUUCAUACGGUAUCGAAUGCGGGCUUCAAGUAUUUCCUGGAGUUUACACGAGAAUUAGUUACUAUCAUGACUGGAUUAUGGCGACGAUUAGUAAAGCAGAGAGUACGACGACGACAAGAAGAGUGGAGAGUACGACGAAUGGAUCCUCAGAUAAUAUGGGCAACAUUAUCGGACUCUAUACAAAACUUGCUGUAUUGUUGGCAUCCGUUUUCCAAUUGUUAUAAAAUAUUGAAUAAAUUUAAAAAAUGUAGGAUUCGAUGGUAGCCAUGUUUUUCGUUAAAAUUAAGGAAACUAGUAUUUUGAAACGAAGUAGUAAAUAAAAGUGUAAAGUAAACCUACAAAAA